AUGGCGUCUGAGUCAGAGAGCAAGGAGACAGAGCGCGUUAGUUCUGCUGAUGGAGAUCCUGACAAGAAACCUUUCAAUAGUUUCUACGAAGGCACCAUCAAAGCCCUAGAGGGUAUCCCAGCAACUCCAAAGGACAGUGUAGGGGACUUCUGCGCUCGGAUCAUCAAUCGGUACUUGGAAGAAACUCGAGAUUGGACAGACGAUACCUUCAAGGCGAAAUUGAUCGAUACUUAG